GUCCCCACAAUACUCUCAUUAAUAAUUGCCUUUGCCCUAACGUCCUGCCACCCUCGUCCACCCCUCUCUCUCUCUCUCUAGAUUUCCAUUCUCUUCCUAAACUUCUUUUCUUUCUCUCUCUAGAUUUCCUCAAAUCCGUGACCCUUUUUCUCCCCGAUUUGAGCGGGAGACAGACGGAGAGCAUGAUCGGUCGACACCCUUUUCCCCUCCUCUUUACCCUCAUCCCACUAAUACUCGUCGCCGCUCCGACGAAAGAAUCGGCGGUGGCGGAUGCGGAGGCUCCGGCGAAGACCGUUUAUGAGGUUCUACGACGUCACGGUCUUCCGAGCGGCCUCUUCCCUAAGGGCGUACGCGAAUUCCACCUCGACGAUGAAGGCCACUUCGAGGUUCAUUUGGAUGAAGAGUGCACCGCAAAAUUCGAGACGGAUGUUCACUAUGCUCGCAACAUCACCUGCACCGUCAGCUACGGCCAGAUCGCCUCCAUCUCCGGCCUCUCAGCACAGGAGCUCUUCCUCUGGUUCCCCGUACGAGGCAUCCGCGUUGACAUCCCCAGCUCAGGUCUCAUCUACUUCGAUGUCGGCAUCAUCUACAAACAGUUCUCCCUGUCUCUCUUCGAAACCCCUCCCGAUUGCUCGCCCUCCGUCACUCCGCCUUCCCGCGAUCACCGCCUCGAGGGAACCCGCAUCGCCCAGAUCGUUUCCGAGAGCCAAUCUGGGAAGCUGAGGUACGAUCUUGAUCAAGAAGAUAAAGUGAGGGCCGUCAUCUGAUCUUGGAUGGCUGCAAAAACUUCUUAGUUUGUUCCCCAUGAUUUCACGCAUUGGCUGCAGCUUUUUGCUAGGUAUUCCCUGAUUCGACUCUGUUUCUGUGCUGUUGGUGUGUUUGUGUGGUUGCGGUAUGAAAUAGCGCAGCAGAUUAAUUAGUUUACCGGCUUGUCAUAGCCGCUUAAGUUCAGUUUUGGCCGUGUGGUAAUGGAGGGAGACGCCGGAGGUCAUCCUGGUGCUUUCGCAGCCAACACAGAGAGGGAGUAGUUGUGAUGGGAGAGAGAGAGUGAGAGAGUGAGAGAGCGAGGGGCAGAGAGAGAGAAACGGUGUGAAUUGCGUGCAAUUACUGUUCCUUAACGGAAGUUUUGUCUGUAAAAUGGGUUAAAUGUAAGUUAAUUAUAUAUUUAUGUAUGAUAUAUAAAUUUCUAGAAA